GAUGUCAUAUUACAAAUCUAGCAGGCCUUUCUUUGUCACUUCAGAGAAAGCCCAUCUCACAAUACAGUUGGCAACGGAGAAAAAGAACUCAAAUAGAGCAAGAACUAACACGCUUAGGAAUUUAUUUUGGAACUUUUAAAAGACUCUUCUGCUCACCACCAUCUGGAAUUCACUGCAGGAAUACCAGACAGGAAAACUUCAUUUAAAAGGAGAAAGAAGUAAAUGAGACCAAACUGGGAAUGUUUGAGUCUGAAACUCUGUCUUGAAAAGCAAAAUAAAGUUAGUGACUUCAGCUUAAACAUUCUGGAGCAUAAAGAAACUUUAAUUUUGAAAUAUUCACCUUGACUACUGAAAUACAAGUUUACAAGAAGAGUAAAGAAACUCGCAGAACACAAGUUUUCUUUAAGUUUAUAAUCCAAUGGGGUGGCUUCACUGACUACAUUUUUUAAAAGUUGCUCAUCUGUUAACGAAGCCCUGGAUUGUGUGAAGACUAGAAAAUAAGGCUAUUUUCCGGUUGAAGAACCAAGUGGAAACUAUACAGCAAAUUUCAUGUUUCUUUUUGAGAUUUCAGAGAAAAAGGAAAUAUUUAUAAAAUCACCCAAAGACCCAAGGAAUUUGCAUAUACUUUGGAGGUUAUAAACUGGUCACAGUCUGAAUACCAAAGCGGACUGCAGCUGACUAAAGGACUUCAACACUGUAAACUAGACGUGCCUUUAUAAUGGUAAGCAAUAACAGCUGCAUUUAUGAUGACUCCUUUAAGUACACUUUGUACGGGUGCAUGUUUAGUAUGGUGUUUGUGCUUGGGUUAAUAGCCAACUGUGUUGCCAUAUACAUUUUUAUUUGCACCCUCAAAGUGCGAAACGAAACUACAACUUACAUGAUUAACUUGGCAAUGUCAGACUUGCUUUUCGUUUUUACUUUACCCUUCAGGAUUUUUUACUUUGCAACACAGAAUUGGCCAUUUGGAGAUUUACUUUGUAAAAUUUCUGUUAUGCUGUUUUAUACCAACAUGUACGGAAGCAUUCUGUUCUUAACCUGUAUUAGUGUAGAUCGAUUUCUGGCAAUCGUCUACCCAUUUAAAUCCAAGACUCUAAGAACCAAACGAAAUGCAAAAAUUGUUUGCAUUGCUGUGUGGUUAACUGUGAUCGGAGGAAGUGCACCAGCAGUUUUUUUUCAGUCUACCCACUCUCAGGGUAACAAUACCUCAGAAGCCUGCUUUGAAAAAUUUCCAGAAGCCACAUGGAAAACAUAUCUCUCAAGGAUUGUAAUUUUCAUUGAGAUAGUGGGAUUUUUUAUUCCUCUAAUUUUAAAUGUAACUUGUUCUAGCAUGGUGCUAAGAACUCUAAAUAAACCUGUCACAUUAAGUAGAAGCAAAGUAAACAAAACUAAAGUUUUAAGAAUGAUUUUUGUACAUUUGGUUAUAUUCUGUUUCUGUUUUGUGCCUUACAAUAUCAACCUUAUUUUAUAUUCUCUUAUGAGAACACAGACAUUUGUUAAUUGCUCAGCAGCAACGGCAGUAAGGACAAUGUACCCAAUCACUCUCUGCAUUGCUGUUUCAAACUGUUGCUUUGACCCUAUAGUUUACUACUUCACGUCAGACACAAUUCAGAAUUCAAUAAAAAUGAAAAACUGGUCUGCUAGGAGAAGUGACUCCAGAUUUUCUGAUCAAGGCACUGAGAACUUUAUUCAACAUAACCUACAGACCUUAAAAAGUAAGAUAUUUGACAAUGAAUCUACAAUAUAAGCUGCCUGAAAUAAAACCACUGGGACUUCACUGGACAGAACCUUCAAGUUCUUUCAACUGUGAAACAUGUUUUCUUGGACAACUGUUUCUCCACCUCCAAAAGAAAAUAAAUAAUGUGGACAUUUUCAAGUUAUUAGCACAAAAAAAGUGUUAAGAAUUAAGAUGUAUUCUAUUCGUGUGUACAUUCCUUUUUAUUUUUCGGAGACAUUUUGAUUUGUACCUUCCUCUUCAAUAAAAAAAAAUUCCCUAAAAGAGUUAUUCAAAAUCUAAAAGGGACUGUUUACAUCAUGUGAUAACAAUGUAUACUGUGUUUGAGUUUCUUGGUAAUUUUAUACUAAAUGGUCUACAAAUACCGAGUUUCACUUAAUAUUUAAUAUUUUUAUUCCACAUAUAUCUAAUUUCUAUUUCAA